GUCUGGCGAUGACGGCAGGGCGGCUUUCGAGCGGCGGAAAGGCAGGCCCUGCCGCCGUCGGCCCCCGGAGUUCGGCGAGCUGGCGAUGCUCUUGACCGCGGCUGACGGCAAGCAUCGGCGGAAGCUCGACGAGCGCUUCCACGCUGGCAUUUGCGCGGGGCUCGUCGACCGCUCACCGAAGGACGGCUGCUUCAAGGCUAACGCGAUCCGGCGGCUGCCGGAGGAGCAACAUGGCAACGAAAGCUUCGCGGAGGCAUGCAAAGGAUGGCUGGGGCCCCACCAGGCGGGCGACGACGCUGAGGGGAUCGCUCCCUUCUCGGCAGUUGCGCCGGUGGUCCCGGCCGCGGCGUUGCCGCCGACGCUGGCCGGCAAGUCGCUGGCGGGGCCGAGGCGCGUCUACAUCCGCCGCGAGGUCGUGCUCAGGCCGGUGGCGGAGGGCGGCUUCGGGCGCGCCGAGGGGCUGCAGGGGCUGCAGGGCGGCCGAGGGAGCAAAGAGGCGCAGUGGGGCGAGACGCCGGCCGGUCAGGCUGCCCCCGCGACGCCUGGUCUGGCGGCUGCGCCGGGCACACCUGCGCCUAUGCAGGUGGGGGCUUCCGGGCUGGCGACCGCGGCGGCAGCGCCCGCUGCGGACGCCGGCGCGAUGUCCGAAGACCCGAACCUCGAGCUGCCGGAGGACGUGGCCACCGAGCCCACGCUGGUGGCCAUGGAGGCGAGCGGCGGCGACGUCGCCAGGAUGGAGGACAUCAGCUCCAUGGUGAAGUCCAUCAAUGCUGACCUGGUCAAGUUCGGCUGCAGCCCGAUCGAACUGGCACAGCUCGAGGCUGACGUGGCGAAGGUUUCCGAGGCGUUCGGGCGCGGCAGUUUCGUGGAGCGCGCUCGCGAGUCCAGCCUUGCUCCGGAGUCCCCGCUCGACCUCGGCGCCGGGUGGGGCCUGAAUGUCCCCGAGCAGAAGGAUGAAGCAAUGCGACUCCAGGAUCGUGAGCGGCCGCUGUUCCCCAUCGGUUCCCAGCGCUGCACCGCGCGGGCGGCUCUCCUAGACUUCGGGUGGGCGAUGCAGGAUGCCAUCGACGGCCUCGUGGCGGAGGCCCUCGAGCACCGGGACAUCUGCAUGGCGAUGUAUCGCAGGCAGAUGGACAACGACCGCUAG